CGGCCUGGGCGGCGCGUCGGGGCUGCAGUAACGCGCUUCUUCCCUCCAUUUGCAUGUGCGUUGGAAUAGUGGCUAUUUUAAUCAUUGCAGGAGUUAAACCAACCUCCCACAAACAUGGCAGAUGAGGACCUUAUUUUUCGUAUGGAAGGGAUUGAUAAUGCUAGAUCGACUACAGCAAACUCUGGAAAUUAUCUUGACGCUGAUAGUGAUGAUGAAGACAAUUAUUUUAUCUGUCCAAUAACUGAUGAUCCAGUUUCUAACAAGUCUGCCAGUAUCAAAGUUGACAAUUAUUAUAGCAAUUUAGCAAAAACUGAACAGUACAGUUCAAGCUCUUCUCCGAGAAACUCGUUUAGCUUUAAGAAUGACACACAGCAUCGUUCUAAGCACGGCUCUGUGGUUGACCAUAGUCGGGAAACCUGGAAGCAUGCUAUUGAGAAAGCUAAGCACAUGCCUGAUCCAUGGGCAGAAUUUCAUCUUGAGGACAUUGAGACAGAACAUGCCACUCGUUACAGGUACAAUGCAGUUACUGGGGACUGGGUUGAAGAUGAAGUCCUCAUCAAGAUGGCUUCACAACCUUUUGGCCGUGGAGCAAUGCGAGAGUGUUUCAGAACGAAAAAGCUGUCCAACUUCUUACACACGCAGAACUGGAAAGGUGCCUAUAACUAUGUUGCCAAGCAAUACAUAGAGAGUGUGGGCAGGGAUGUGUAUUUUGAGGAUGUCCGACUUCAGAUGGAAGCAAAACUCUGGGGAGAAGAGUACAACCGGCACAAGCCACCAAAACAGGUGGAUAUAGUACAGACCUGUAUCAUUGAAAUGAAGAACAGACCUGGAAAGCCUCUCUUUCAUCUGGAGCAUUACAUUGAGGGCAAAUACAUCAAAUACAACUCAAAUUCUGGAUUUGUGCGAGAUGACAACAUUCGUCUUACUCCACAAGCCUUUAGUCACUUCACCUUUGAGCGCUCAGGGCACCAACUCAUUAUUGUUGAUAUCCAGGGAGUUGGAGAUCUUUACACAGACCCUCAGAUCCAUACAGAGAAUGGUACAGAUUUUGGAGAUGGCAACCUAGGUGUUCGAGGUAUGGCCUUGUUCUUUCAUUCUCAUUUCUGCAACAAGAUAUGCAAAAGCAUGGGGCUUGCACCAUUUGAUCUUUCAUCCAAAGAGAAAGAUGCCUUGGAUUGUAAUAAAAAAUUGCUUGAAUCUGCUCAAACAAUUCUCCGUGGCACAGAGGAAAAAUGUGGCAGCAGCCGGGUGAGAACAGUCUCUGGUAGUCGGCCUCCUCUGCUCUUCCGCCUGUCUGAAAACUCUGGAGAUGAAAGCAUGAGCGAUGUAGCAUUUGACUCUCUACCCUGCUCUCCUUCCUCAGCAACCCCUCACAGCCAGAAGAUGGACAUGCUUAGUUGGCCUGUGUUCAAUGAGGUAGAUAACUUGGUUCACAAAGACUAUGAUCAGCUUGAUAACCAAAGGGAUUUUGAAAAUGGUGGAGACAGUGGAUAUCCCAGUGAAAAGAGAAGUGAGCUAGAAGAUCUGGAUCAUAGAGAGAGGGGCCAUUCAAACAACAACCGAAGACAUGAAUCUGAUGAAGACAGUUUGGGAAGCUCUGCAAGGAUCAGUGUGGAGAAAUGGAAUCUCUACAACUCUUCCAGAGUCCACAUCCACAGACCAUCCUGUGUUGCCCAAGAAAUUCAGAGGCUCAAUGCACUAGAACUUGAAAAGAAAAUUGGGAAGUCAGUCCUUGGGAAGGUUCAUUUGGCCAUGGUUCGCUAUCACGAAGCUGGGCGUUUCUGUGAGAAAGACAAGGAAUGGGAUCAGGAAUCAGCCCUGUUUCACCUGGAGCAUGCUGCAGACUGUGGGGAGCUGGAAGCCAUCGUUGGGUUAGGACUCAUGUGCUCUCAGCUGCCACAUCACAUUCUUUCUGAGCUCACUCUGGAGGACACAAAGGAGAACAGAAAUAAAGGAUUUGAUUACUUGCUGAGAGCAGCAGAAGCUGGAGACCGGCCUUCCAUGAUUCUGGUAGCAAGAGCAUAUGAUACAGGUGUAAAUCUUGGUUCAGACAGAGCACAGGAUUGGAAGGAGGCGCUGUACUGGUACAAUGCUGCACUGAACAUGACCGACUAUGAUGAGGGAGGUGAAUAUGAUGGCACUCAGGAUGAGCCCCGGUAUCUGCUCCUGGCCAGGGAAGCAGAGAUGUUAAUGACGGGAGGGUUUCACCUGAAUAAGGAUCCACAGAGAUCAGGUGAGCUGUACACAGAAGCAGCAGAAGCAGCAAUGGAAGCCAUGAAAGGCAGACUGGCAAAUCAGUACUACGAAAAAGCAGAAGAGGCUUGGGCGAUGAUGGAAGAAUGACACCACAAUUAAGCAGUUCUUGUAUAUAAUUUUUUUUUAUAGACUUGCUGCAUUUGCAGCUAAAAAGAUAUAUUUUUAUGUGGAGUUACCAUUUUCUUUUUUUGUUUUAGUUUUCUGAUUUUUUUGAGGGGAGAAAUCCAAAUGUAAGUGGUAUAUAGGGUGCCGUAGUCUACUUCUGCUAGUGUUUGAAAGCUGUAAUACAGGCAUACUUGACCUUUUGUAUUUUUUUUAACUGUUAGAACUGAGGGGCCUAGGUUUUUUUACGAAAAACAAAGCUGAUGUUUGUUUAGGUUUCACAUGCCUGGUUUUUACGCAGCAAAUGAUCAGUGUGUUUGCGUUUUUCUUCUCCUCCACACAUACAGAAAAACAUAUCAUUUUUGGUGUAUCUCACCAAAUUUGCACGUUAAUGUAAAUUUUCAAUUUAAGCAUGCAGCCACUCAUUUUAAUAAGUAGUCCCAUUCUGUUAUGCUGGUGUCAUUGGGCACUUCUGUUGUUCUUCUCAAACAAAUUCCAGAUAGAAUCCUUACAUUUUGGGGAGGGGCAGGGAAGAUGCUUCACAUUGGCAGUGAGGAUAUUCAGGGUAGAAUAUAUUUUAUUCAUUACCAACAUUUGCAUAUUUUACCAUCAGAAAAAUCAGUGAUGUUCCUGAUGAGGUGAGGCAUCCAGCUACCUCUCUCAUUUUCAUGUUUUGCACCAUAUGAUAACCUAGUUGUAUACAAUUCUACUGAUCUUAUAUGAUAUUUGUCCAAUGAUGUACAGUAGCAAGAUCUGUAAUAUGUGAGUAAUUUGAAGUUAUUUUUACAGUGACAUCUCAAUUCUCAGUGAAGCUAGAUCAUCUCACUUAAAAUGAGAAUACACUUUCCACCAUUUCCAGAUGGAUGUUUGAAAAGGUUAGAAGAUGUUGAUUCACCUAUUUCUAUGUAUAGAAAAUAAUUUAUCUGGUUUAAAUAGCUUUUAAAAUAGUGUUUUAUCUGUGAAUGGUUUCAAAAGCCAGUUAGAGAAAAUUGCUGGUUAAAAAGAGAAAACAGUAUUAUCCCCAAACACUUGAAUUUGUGUCCUGUUUGCAUAAUCCUAACCAGUAAUGGGAGGACGAAUACAUGGUGGUGGUUGAAUU